AGAGAAUCAGAUCGCGAACCCGCUCGCGAGUUGACUCUCUGUCUCACAGAUGGAGGUUUCAGUUGCUGCUGCUCGUCUCGCAAGCACUUCCUCUACGCUUCCUACUAGCUUUCGGGUUUCUCAAAUCGCUAAAAUCCCAAUUCCAGUUUCCUAUUCAAGUUUCGGCAAAGACAAGAAGAGAAAUCCCUUAAUUCAACUUCAAAUGGGCUCUCGAAGACUGGUAACCCCGUUGGCUCUCCCUGACAAUGGUUCCACGAUUACCUCUUCUACAAUCGAAUCGGGUCGAAUUGGGGAAGUGAAGAGAGUGACUGGGGAAACCAAUGUGUCGGUGAAGAUGAACUUGGACGGUUCAGGUGUUGCAGAUAGCAGUACGGGGAUUCCUUUUCUUGAUCACAUGUUAGAUCAACUUGCUUCGCAUGGGUUGUUCAAUGUGCACGUAAGGGCUACAGGUGACAUUCACAUUGAUGAUCAUCACACGAAUGAAGAUGUUGCACUUGCCAUUGGAACGGCUUUGCUACAGGCACUGGGUGAUAGGAAAGGAAUUAACCGGUUUGGUGAUUUCUCUGCUCCUCUCGAUGAAGCAUUAAUACACGUCUCCUUGGAUUUAUCUGGCCGGCCACAUUUAAGUUAUGACUUGAACAUUCCCACUCAGAGAGUUGGAACAUACGACACUCAGUUGGUGGAGCAUUUUUUCCAGUCUCUGGUGAAUACUUCUGGCAUGACUCUUCACAUUCGACAGCUUGCUGGAAAAAAUUCACACCAUAUUAUUGAGGCAACCUUCAAAGCUUUUGCUAGGGCUUUGCGUCAAGCAACUGAGUAUGAUCCCCGCCGUCUUGGGACCGUGCCGAGUUCAAAGGGGGUUCUGUCUCGAUCUUGAUAAUUCUGCUUCUCUGUGGGCUGAGUUCUUCUUGAAGUAGUCAUGCGUAACGAUGACCUUAUUUUCACCAAGAUUAUACCGUUGAAAUCCUAGAUGACCUUAAUGUAUGGUCAUAUUAUGCUUUUCAGUUGUAUCGCUGCAAGCAUGCACAAUUGAAACACCAUUGUUACUGUUCUAAAGUUUGGUUUGAUUGUGUAACCAGAAGGUCCAUAACUGAUUUUCAGGCGUAUGUUACUGGUACUGGUGUAGGAACCAGGCGAGGCGACUGCACGUUCUUGUAUUUCCUCUCUCAAACUUAUGCACAUAAUCGUUGAAUUCUA